AUGCUGUCCUAUCUGCUCGCGUCGGGCAUGCAAGGAACGUACGAUGCCCUGUCGCGCGAAGCUGAGCUCGAGGACUUUGACGCUGCCGACCCGAAGUCCAAGUUUUCGGGCCUGCUAGAGAAGAAGUGGACGAGUGUGAUUCGUCUACAGAAGAAGAUCAUGGACCUGGAAGCCCGCAAUAAUGCGCUCGUCGAAGAGCUCGCGAGCCCGACACGAGCAGUCGCUGGAUCAUCGUCUAACACGCCCUUCAUCCCGCGACCGCCGGCGCGACACACACUCUCAUCGCACCGCGCGCAGGUGACGCGCGUCACGUUCCACCCGACGUGGACGGUGCUCGCGAGCGCCUCGGACGACGCAACGGUCAAGAUCUGGGACUGGGAGUCGGGCGACUUAGAGCGGACCGUGAAGGGACACACUAAGGCUGUGACGGACGUCGACUAUGACCCGAAAGGCAACAUCAUGGCUCUGGGACCCGGCAAACGAGUACAAGAACACGAAGACGCUGCACGGACACGACCACACGGUAUCGAGCGUGCGCUUCAUGCCGACGGGCGAGCAGCUCAUCUCUGCGAGCCGCGACAAGACGAUCCGUGUAUGGGAAGUGUCGACGGGACGUUGACAGGGCACUCGGAGUGGGUGCGCGAGGUGGUGCCGAGCGACGACGGGCGGCUACUAGUGUCCGUGUCGAACGACCAAACGGCGCGGGUGUGGGACUUCGCCACGGGCGAGACCAAGUCCGAGCUCCGAGGGCACGAGCACGUGGUGGAGUGUGCCGUCUUCGCGCCCGCGAACAGCUACGCGGCGAUCCGGGAACUGACCGGAAUAAACAGCAACGGCGGCGCGGCCGGCACCCGCCCCGAGGCGGGGCGGUACGCCGCCACGGGAUCGCGCGACAAGACGGUCAAGCUCUGGGACACGGCGAGCGGGCAGUGCCUGCGCACCUUUGUGGGACACGACAACUGGGUGCGCGCGCUCAUCUUCCACCCGAGCGGCAAGUACCUCCUCAGUGCCAGCGACGACAAGACGGUCAAGGUCUGGGACCUCGCCACGGGCCGGUGCACCAAGACGCUCGACGCGCACGGGCACUUUGUCACUUGUGCGGCGUGGGGGAGAGCCACGGUUGGAGGAGGAGGCGCAGAGAAGGACGGCAAGAAGGACGAGCCGAGACGGAUCAACGUCAUGGCCACGGGCUGUGUUGACAAUACGAUCAAGGUCUGGACACCAUGA